AUGAACUCAAAUUCAUCACCCACUCCAAUGACCCUCGAUUCCGUAAGCUUUGACUUUCGCUCAACAACCGCCAACAACCACCUUUCGAAGCAAGCACCCCCGGACAAUCACAACACCACGAAUUCUGAUUCAACAACAACAACAUCGCACCAUUCAACCCUCACCGUCGUGAUCUCAACCCACCACCGCGUCACCUCCUCCAACGAAUCACCGAUUAACGCCACCAUCCUCGACGGCCCGACGCUCACGAAGCACCACUAUACCGGUCGCCCGCUGCCGUACGCAUCGAAUCCGGUGAAGUCCACCGCUAUUUCCCUCUGUGACGCAUCACCAUGCUCAUCACCGCUCUGGAAUCAGGGCAUACUUUUGGAUGGACGAAAAAUAGCGGUAAAAAGACUUUCAAAAAGCUCAACGCAAGGUGCAAAAGAGUUCAAGAAUGAAGUUUUGUUGAUCGCCAAGCUUCAACAUAGAAAUCUAGUCACGUUCAUUGGUUUUUGCCCGGAAGAACAAGAGAAAAUACUUAUUUAUGAAUAUGUGCCGAACAAGGGUCUUGAUCACUUCUUAUUUGACUUUCAACAAACAAAGUUCUUAAGUUUGCCCGAACGAUACAAUAUUAUAAGAGGAAUUGCUUAA